AUGGACGGCUUUGACUUAUUGCCUCACCCUCCAGGUGCGCAGUUGUAUUUCAGAGCUAAUGCAUUCAAUUAUGAUAUAUUUUCAAAACACUAUAAAAAAUUCAUUAUUAUCCAGAUGCCGACGGUUUGAUGACAUCACGGACCAGCCCUUCGCUGAUCGGUUCAAGCAAAAGAAAAAGUCGACCUGUUAAACGACUCUUUCUGGAGGUACCAUUUGUUGAUGUCGUUUGUAUUCAUCUACCCCUCUCCUUUUUUCAAUCUAAACGUUUUGCACUUAUUGAACAAAAAAUUUGUGAAGCACGAUUUCAGUUCGAUCUAAUAAUACAGUCUUGAGCUCUUUUUAUUGAAUGAAAAAAAACACGGUAAUUUACAAUGCUCAUUCAGAAGUUUGCAUUUGAAAUUAUGUUUUCUUUGAACCUUAUUUCUCGUUUCUCUCCCAGUUAAAAAAACAAUUAAAGUUUUUUUUUGCAUCUUUCAUAAUUUUCUGAACGGAAUUAUUACUGAAUUUUUGAUUAAAUAUAUAAGUUUGCCCUUCAAAUCAGAACAUCACAAAAAAAACGAAAAAAUUUUGGGAGUAACGAUUUAGUUACUCCUCAAUUUCCCCCUAGAAAUAAAAAUCUAGAAUUACCAAGGUUUCUGAAGCGUUUCUCUACAUUAUUCAAUGUUCCCAUCACAUUAUUCGAGCGAAAAACGUCUCAAAAAUAAAACUGCUGGUCAAUUUAAAUCGGGCCGGGAAACUUCAAAACUUGAAGUUUUCAAGAAUAAAGCGAGAAAGAUGAGUUGAGUUGAGAAUUCCGUCAAGAAGAGAGUAUAUGGGGGCAGCAGCAGCAGUUUUGUUUGGGAAUCGAUACGCGCUUUUGCAUAAUCAGCUUCCCUUCAACCACUUUCGAACCGGGAGGAAAGGAGUCUUUGAAUCAUUUGCAUUCCUUUCAAUUUUUGUCCACUCUAAUUGGCUUGGUUUUUUUUCUGGAUUACUCACGACGCAUAAUGUUGAACUGAAGUGAAACUUUUCUUUUAAAUUGUCAUUUCAAUUUUUAAUUUUCCUAACUCAGUUUUUUUUUGUGGCUUUUUUGUGAAGACUGAGUUGGUUUCUAAUGGAAAAACAAACAAAUAUUUUUGAGAAAAAUUUUGACUAAAAUUAUUUGGAAUUUCUUUGCGAUGCUAAAACUUUUGAAAGUUGGAAGAUCACUCAUGCAUUUUUCUGAUAAAAUCUUGUUCCAAAAAAGUUCAAUAUUUUUCAUUUUUGAAGGUCAUCUCCCGUAGAUGUCUCGUUAAUUCAACUAAGAGCGUUACCCUUUGAAUAUCCUGGCCGCGGAUUAAAAACCUCCAUCUCUCUUCUCUAUUCAUUUUCAUCUUCUUAAUGGAAAAAAGUGGUGAAGCAUUUUAAUUAAUUUCUGUUUGUUUCAGGAAGCAAUUUACUGCCUUCAUGUACUUUUCCCAUUGACGUCUUUUGCAUAAUUCUGUCCAUGUUUCAUUUGCCUUUUGUUGUCUGGAAUAACCCACAAUCAACUGUCUAAUCAGCUUGGCUCAGAACGAGGAAACGGAAGCGGGCGACGGAGACGGCUGCGGCUUAGUGAUGGGCUCGCAGCCAAGCGACACUCUGCUCGAAUCCACAGCCCACUCUCUUCUGAUUUUUAACGAUGACGAUGUUGCUCAGAGGUUCGUUCCGAUCUUUCACGAUUUGUAAUCAAGAAAAAUUUGCAUAUCUCUUCUUCUCACUGUUUUAAGCAUAAGACUCCGGGAGUAUUGAAAACUCUCGGCUUUUUACGUCAUCUUUUCAAUGUCUAUUCCCACCGAUUCUGUCAUGAAACGCUUGCAAGCCCUUCAUGAUUUGCUCGCUGACUUCAUCCACUUUCUUGGCAGCUCUACCGUGAAAUUCGUGACUCUUGCAUAAGUCAUUUGCGCCGAGCGGCCUCCAAGAAUAAACGAAACGAAAUGCAAAAAUCGUCAAUGGCGGCAAAAAGCCAGUGCUUUAAAACGUAGUAAUAAAGCAUGUGCGGCAUAGCGAUGCAUGCAAGCGCAAAUAAAUUUUAAAAAAAAACAAAAAACAAAAAGCGCACCAAGUGGAUAUGGAAGCUGAAAAAAGAAACCGUAGACUUUCCUCGGUUCUGAUUGCUACGCUUGAAAGUUGGGUCAAACUUUAGAUUCGGUCAUUGAUCGAAAAAAAGCUGAUAAAGAAAAUGGGGUUUUUUCUUUUUCAGUGUGGGAAGGUCUCUUCUCUCAAAACUUUUAAUAAUGUGAUUGUAGCAUGAAAUCUCUUUUUGAUCAUUUCACCACAGUUGACAAAAUGAACAGUUCAAUCGAGUAUUUCGACAAAUAUGCGAGAGAGAAAUGUGGUAAACAUGCAACAUUCAAAAAACGGUUUUUUUGCCGUAAAGUUGAAGUAAUCGGAUCAAGGCAAUUAUUGCGGGUUUAAGCAAUAUUCUGCGUUUAACCCCGCCAGCGAGUGGGUUUCGCCGUUUUUGGAGCCGUGACAUAUGUUGCGCCAUAUCCGGUCUCUUGCUCUUUGUGUCUCGAGUUGUUCCAUUCUUUGUAAUUAUUUUCUUUGCGUUAUAAAUAAUCUCAAUCUUGUUCUUCAGGAAACAUCUGAUAACGCUAGAAUAAGAAAUCUAACGACCUAUGUAAAUGGGAGGCUUUUACAAGUUUUACAGAACAUUCUUGAAAAUCCAUUAUAGUUCAUAUCUACCAAAUCUGGAGGUCGUUUUUCGGGAAACGUCUGUGAAAAUGUACUUUCUAUGAGUGGCAGAAGAAACAAAAAUUUGUAUCUUUAGUUUUCGUUCAAAAUGGGAGAUUGUAGACUUGUGUCUGAGCAGUUAUAGUUGCUUUGGAAUGACUUCCUCUUGUAGGUAACUCAUUUUACUGAGAGCUUCCUGACGGUUUUCCCAAUAAGGCGUUGACCGGAUAGAAGGGAGCCGCUUUCAUUAGACUUGGCAUUACACACAAACGUUCAAAUUUGUCCGUCCGUUCGCCGCCACGUCGCAACUUUUUUUUUUCCUCCGUUCUCCUUGUUGUUUCACUGCUUCUCAGGGUAUCCCAAAGUCGCUUAGCCCGUCUGGAACGCUCUUCUCAUCUUUUUUGUUGUUUUCGAAAAGUAGAGAAAACUUGUACGCUGCUUCCAAUUUCGAUUAGCUUUCGUUAUUUUCUCCAAAUACUUCGAGUUUGGUAAAAAAGGUAACAUUGGAGUUUUCUCGGUUUGACGAAAACGCUCUAGAGUUUGAAUUUAGCAAGAGCCUGCCGUUUCUAUGAUUUCUAUGGGUUAUUAUGUACAAACAGACAGACCGAAAAAAAGAGCCUCAUUGAUUAUAUAUAGUUUUGGGUGGUUUUUUUGUGAACUUCUUCCAUUUGGGGAUGCAAAAAUGGAAAACAAUGUCCUGCUUGAUUAUUACAAAGAAUAAAUAUUUUUGAAUAUGAUCGAUUAAAUGAAAGUGCGGUAAGAUUAUUUCAGAAAAGAAAGUUUAAGUGAAACUGAAUUUUCUGAGAUUGCAUAUGCAAUUUCGAGUUCGACAAUAAGUUGUUGAAUACGGGCAGCCGGGCCGUGGUGACACUCACCUAAUAAUUGUCGUCAAUUUUUCACAUUUUCGACUCACGCCUCACCUUUUUCAACUUUGAAAAGUGAGGGCGGCCUCUUUCAGAGUUGCUACACCAAUCCGAGUAGCCAUUCAUUCAGGAUGCACUUUACCCGAGGCGUUUUUUGUCGUGUGAAUUCGUGUCAGCACGCGUUAUUCCAUUGGAUAGGAUGGAAGCGAGCAAUAAUGAAAUUCGUCUGACGUUUUUGCUACCGUAAUGUUUUUUUUGUGGGGGAUUUCCUCCGCAUCAACGUUGCAUUAAGGGUUUACAAGAUGGAAAUAUCGUCGCCUGUACGAAACGUUUGUGUAAUCUGCAGCACUUAUUUCUGAUUGUAACAUUUCAACAACAUUUCAACCUUAAUGCUCAGUCAGCCUACGCGAAAUCUUCUUUCUUGUGUUUCAUUUCAAAAGCUCCUUUCUCCGCUCACGAGCCUACCGUAAUUCCUUCAAUGCCCCUUUUCAAAGAAAAAUUAGAACGACUUUUUUACAAGACAGUUUUUCCAAUUUGAAAGUGUGGAAUCUUUCUCAAGGUAAACAAAAAGUUCAGAUUUAAUACUUUCAUCUCCUACCUGCGCAGGUUUUGAAGAUCGAUGAAUUUGAAAUUUCUCCAUUAAGCAGACUUUAAGCUUGCUAUCAUUAUCAUGCAACUUAAAAGUUUCCUACCUUCCAAGUGCAAGUAAGACUCUUAAAAGCUUUCUCAACCCCUUUGAAAAGAUCGAGCUAAUUUCCAGAAAUUUUGGAACUACAAAUUAAAAAAGACGCUUUCUUGAAAAUUUCAAUCAAACACACAUAGUUUAUUCACAAGGUCCGUCGAACAAUAAAAAAGAAAAAGUUUCAGGGAAGAAGACGACGUUGCAACUUCAGAAGUCCUGUCGACGGAGAGUGACGAGGCAUCGUUGAUGGAGCAGCCAGCCGGUUCUUUCACCAACUCAGAUCUUCUUCGAAAGUUCGCGGAAACCAUCGCUGCCAACCAAGCCAAGGAAAGAGCGCAGAGUCAGAACUCUGAUUCCUGUUCUCAACAAGGUAACCCUCAAAGUAUAGCUAAUUUGAGAGCCGUACAAAUUUUUAUAGCAAGUUCGAAAAAAAUUAUUCAAGAAAAAAUGAUCUUGCUCCAGAAAAACACGUUUUUUCUGUUUUUUUAAUUGUAUUUUCUAAUUUCUGCUUAGUGAAUUUCAUUAUUAAAACCCAAUUUUGUCUAGAUAAUUGCUCCUAUUAAAAAAACGGUAGGUAGGGGCGAACUUUGUCAAAGGUCAAAAAAACCCUUUCGAAAAACGGACAUCUUUUUUUGCUUUCAAAAUGCCACUUUUUUCAGAUCAUUUUUUUUUUGAUUCUGAAGGUGAGCGACAAAAGAAUCAAACAUUUUUUGUAUGGUUUUUUGUUUCCUACAGCCUCGUUGCCAAGAAUUUUUUUCAGUAUGAUUUCUUACCCCAGAGCUUUCAAUUCUCAGUUCUAGAGCGGAAAAAAAAUUCAAAAACUGAAUAUUAGAGGGUGGAAUUCCAAAUUCAUUUAGAGCACCCAUCAACUCCGACGCCAUCUUCAAACGGUAUGGAUCACUCGGAACCUUCUCCCUCCAUAACGCCGAUGACUCCGCUGUUCCCCUCGACAGACUUGUUUCAGUCGCCGGAAAGAUUGCUGCAGGCCAUGUUGAAUCCCAAUCUCAACUUAGGGAUAAACAAUAGCCUUCAAUCACUUUGUAAGUUUGAUCAUUCAGAAGUACUGCGUUCAAACACACUACAUAGUUUUUUUAUAGAAAUAGGUUGAAGGUGAAAGUUACCUUGAAAAAUUAUAUUUAAAAGAGGUCUCAUAGAGGUAGUUCUAAAUUUCCCAAAACCUCGAAACAGGCUCCAGAACGGGAAUAAUUCUUUAUGAUUCAUCUUCGCGUGUUCAAAACUCAAGAUUUGUGAAAAAGGAUCUUCGAGUUCAUUACAUCAAACGUCCAAUGAUUUUGAUAUUCAAAGCUCAACAAAGGAAAACGCUUCAAGACCAAAUACGAUUGAAAUUAAAUGGCUUUUAUAAAAGUUUUUUUCAAAUUAUAAGUUUUUUUAAGAAUAGUUCUUAGAAAUAAUAGUUCUUAGAAAGUGAACAUGUCUAUUUUCAGCAGUUCGUUCAAUAAAUCACAGAAAUCUUGGUUUUCAGUGACACCUCAAAAUGGACUCUUGUCUUCCCCCUUAUUGAAUGCUCACGCGAAUGCAACUUUUUUCCAUACUCUGAUGGCGGCAGCAACUAAGAAACCGGUUGGUCUGAGUUUCUGAGAACGCACUUUCAAACUUGGGCAAGAAACGCCUAUAAACAGUGCAGUUUUAGGAACAUCGGCCAACGUCAAACCCAAACCUGAAAACAACGACGAAAAGACGGUUGUUCGCCGAUGAAGAGAGAGCUCGCGUGGAGGUAGGACAUAAUGGUCGAAGAACUGUAGACGAAAAACUUGAAAAAAAAAACACUCAGCUAUAAAUGCUCUGAAAAGACAUGUAAAAUACUGCUUAGCAGUGAAGGAAAAGCUAUGUAUUGGGUUAAAUGAACUCGAAAUCAUUUCUGAAGUUUCCCCUUUUAGUUUUUACCAAGUAGUGAAUUUUUUUAAAUUUUUUUCGAAGUAUCAAUUUAUUAAAAUUCAAUGAUUUUUUUGUUCCUUAAUGCUUUUCAAAAAAUUAUUUUCAGGCUGCAAAUGACGAGCGCAUUGACAUGAGCGAUUUAGAAGCUUUUGCUCAAACAUUCAAAAAGCAAAGAAUAAAAUUUGGUAGAUAUCAAAAAAAAUUUCAAUCUCAAUUUCCUGUUUACAGGAUUCACACAAGGAGAUGUUGGCGUAGCUUUAGGAAAACGAUAUGGAACUGAUUUUUCGCAAACCACAAUAUCAAGAUUCGAGGUAUGUUUUUCUCACGUAACGUAACAAAUACAUUUUUCGUGUUUGAGUGGAAUAAAUGAAUAAAUACAUAACAUUUGAUUGGUUUCAGGCCCUGAACUUGUCCUUCAAGAACAUGUGCAAAUUGCGGCCAUUACUGAAAGAAUGGCUGGCGGACAUCGAGUCAGCCAUCGAAAAUGGAGCCACAUUGAACGAUCUCAUCGAAAAACGCGCUCCUUCUACUGCAGCUUCACCCCGAAGUGAUGCUUUCAUUGUGAGUUUUUUUUUUCUGUCUGAACUUUCAUUUCGAUCCUUUGUCUAUGUGUCAAUCAAUCAAAUCAAAUCAAAUCAUUUAUUUUGUUGGUUUAGUCAUAGAUGUAUCGACUAGGCGGUGAACAAGAACUUUGAAAGCUAUAACGAACAACCGCCUUUGGCGAGCUAGAAGUCCAAACGUGUAGUCGAAAGAGUUGAAAGCAUGGUCUUACGGUCCUUCGCCUCGUCCUUCUGCGCGUAGUCCAUCCAGUUGCGCCUUGACGAGCUCAGAAUUUAGCUGAUGUUGUGCUGGAGCCCGGAGACCGUGCUCUAGGUGGAAGCUUCAGAAUGAGAGCUACCACUUCGAGUGAAGAUUUUACACGGAAUCAACUUAAUUUAAAAAAACUAUUGUUAUUUACUUUUUUUACCUUUCUAUUCAGACUUCAUCAGAACUCAGUUCAAAUUCUUCAACUCCUUUGCCGCCUAUCAUAACCAUCAGCCGAUCAGAUCCUAACGUGAAAAGACGGAGGAAAAGAACUAAUUUGGAUAUGACUCAAGUACGAAACUGGAAGAUGAAAGUUGAAAACAGUUUUCUUUUCAGCGAGCUUCUCUGGAUACAUUUUUCGCGAUCAAUCCUCGACCCGACCAUGAUAAGAUGACCGAAAUAGCCAAUUCUCUGGAACUUGAGCGAGAUGUAAUUUUUCACUGGAAGAUUUUUUAUGAGAAAAAUCGAAUUACCAUGUUUUUCUCCAUUACAUUAACGACUCGGAAAAUUUUAGCCCAGCCUUUUUCCAAAAAAAUAAAACAAUUUUUUCCGAACUGAAAACCUUCUAAAAUUCCUGAGGUUCGGUUUCAUCGGAAGUUUUCAGGUGGUACGGGUUUGGUUCUGCAAUAGACGUCAGAAAAUGAGGCGCGUCGACGAGCCGACAGAUUCUGAGGCCACUACUCCCGUCGUGAACCCCAUCUUCAAUUCUUUCAAUCCCGUUUGCUCACAUCAUAUCACCUAGAGUAGAAAAAAGUUUUUUUUCAGUUGAAUGCUUUAGAAAAACUGAAAGCAGCUUCGCAAUUUCUUGGGACGCCUGACGAAGGUAAAAAGAUUGGAGAGUUUGAUCAUCAGUCACAUUAUUUUAGGCGAUGAGCUCUCAGUCAGCCCCGAAGUUGAAAUGGGGGACAGUCCUUCUUGA